AUGCUGAUUAUAACAGAGACAAGGGAGAUAGAUUUUGAGCCAAAAAUCAAGCUAAUUUAUAACCAAUAUGUGAAUGGAGCUAUGCUUUUUGUGACACAAGUAAAUAAAUUCGGAACAUUUAUACAGGCAUAUGCAGAAAACCCUGAAGAGCCGCCUGAAAGAAGAGUAUUUACAAUAGAGACGAAAUUUGGGGAAAGGACUGAUGAGUGGCUUGAUGUUUUGGCUCGAGGAAUAGUAGAGAAAUUGAAUAUUACUGUGCCUUUGAUGCUAGCUAUAUCUAUGGUUACAAGAACACAUGAAGCUUAUAAUACAAUAUUAAGAGAAGUGGAAACACUAUAA